GGAGACCCACUGCUGGUGACACUCUCCUCCUGUGAAUUUGGGUGAAUUUGGGCAGGCUCACCUGUGGGCAGACUCAAAUCCCCUGCCGUGGAAUCACCAAGUGUGGUUGUGUGUGAGCGUUUCACUGUGAGGGCAGUUUGUUCAGUGUAUCGGAUGCUUGCAUUGUACACAUGUGUGACUGCUCUUUAUCUAAGGGUCCAUAUCAAAAAUUUGCUCCACUGGCUGUGAUUGAAUGUGUGACAGGGUAGGACUCCUGGCACAGAAGUGAGAGCUCCUGUUGGCAUUAGGGGCUCAUCAGGGCACAACGGCGAGCGACUGUCUCUGCUUGCAUAAAGCAUUGCCCUGUGGUGCCCAAUUCACUAUGCAGGAUAGCCAACACACAUUAACGUGCGCAAUUGGAGAGCAAAUGGUAAAGUGCAAAAAAGUGUGUAUGCUUGCUUGUGUGACAGCAUUUUCAACAAGAAAAUGUGCUAGCAUUGGCCAUUGUGCAAGUCAUUUGUGUGCAUAACUGAGUUUUGCAUGCUGACAAGUGUAUAAGUGUGUGACAGGACCUAGUUGCAAGGUUUUUUAUUUUGUGUGUGUGUGUUGCCCAUCUCCAUUGAUGGAAAAAUCCAAAGUAGACCUAGAGUCCGGAGCAAACUACCAAGGUGAAGUCAGUGAGGAAUUGUUUCUGGAUGAGCCCCCCGCCCGGCCUGCCUGGGGAUCCAAGGCCCAAUAUAUCCUAGCUCAAGUUGGUUUCUCUGUGGGGCUUGGCAACGUUUGGCGGUUCCCCUACCUCUGCCAUCAAAAUGGGGGAGGAGCUUUCCUGCUGCUGUAUUUGCUGCUCCUCUUCGUCAUUGGGAUUCCACUCUUCUUCUUGGAACUGGCAGCCGGACAGAUUAUCCGCCAAGGCAGCAUUGGGGUCUGGAAGCACAUCAGCCCCCGCCUAGUGGGCAUUGGCUUUGCAAGCUGCAUAGUAUGCUCCUUUGUUGCGCUGUAUUACAAUGUCAUCAUUGCCUGGAGUAUUUACUACCUGGGCAAUUCCUUCCAGCUUCCCCUACCUUGGGAAAGUUGCCCAGAAGCAUCCAACCACACAGAAGAAGAAAGGGAGUGCACCCUCAGUUCUCCCACCACCUACUUCUGGUACCGUAACGCCUUGAACGUGACCGGCUCCAUUGAGGAGAGUGGAGGCUUCAAUCCAGCUCUUGCCGGCUGCCUCUUUGCAGCGUGGGCCCUGGUGUGUCUCGCCAUGAUUAAAGGCAUCAAGUCCUCUGGCAAGGUUCUGUAUUUCAGUUCUCUGUUUCCCUACGUGGUUCUCUUCUGCUUCCUCGUGCGGGCAUUGCUGCUAGACGGGGCAAUGGAUGGAAUCAGGAUCAUGUUCACACCCAAGCUGUCCAUCUGGGGUGACAUGCAGGUCUGGCGCCAGGCAGCCACCCAGGUGUUCUUUGCGCUGGGCCUGGGUUUCGGCACCAUCAUCGCUUACUCCAGCUACAACCCGCGAGACAACAACUGCCACAUUGACGGGUUGCUUGUCUCCAUCGUCAACUUCCUCACCUCGGUGCUGGCCACGCUGGUCGUGUUUGCUGUGCUGGGCUUCCGGGCCAAUAUCAUCGCCCAGGCUUGCAUGGAAAGCAACAUAGACAAGCUGUAUCACCUACAAUUCAGUGGCUCCCUCCCCCUUGAGCUACUCCCUGCCAGGAAUGUCUCAACCGCUCAGUACAGCAUCUGGUAUCGGGGACUUCCCAAUGAAACGGAGACACAGUUGCUGGAGUUGGGGAUUGGGAACUGUCGUGUCGAGGAUGAGAUGAACAAGGGUGUAGAAGGCACAGGCUUGGCCUUCAUCGCUUUCACCGAGGCCAUGACCCUGUUCCCCACAGCCCCGUUCUGGUCCGUGCUGUUCUUUUUCAUGCUCCUCAACUUGGGGCUCAGCACCAUGCUUGGAAACAUGCAAGGGAUCAUCACCCCUUUGCUGGACAACUUCCAGAGCCUCCACCGGCGGAGAACCCUCUUCACAGUGUUAUGCUGUGUUGUUGGGUUCCUGUUUGGCCUGCCUUUCGUUCAGCGUUCUGGCAGCUACUUUGUGUCCAUGUUUGAUGACUACUCAGCCACCUUGCCCCUCCUGAUUGUUGUGGCUUGUGAAGCUUUUGCUGUGGCCUGGAUCUAUGGGGCUGACAGGUUCUUAAAUGACAUAGAAGCCAUGCUGGGCUGGCGGCCCUGGGGCAUUUACACCUACAUGUGGCGUUUCAUUAGCCUGGCAUCAAUGCUGUGCCUCCUGAUAGCAAGCCUGGUACGCAUGUGUUUAAGUCGCCCGACCUACCAGGCCUGGAACAAGGAAGAGGCAGAUAAACAACAACUGGAAUACCCACCAUGGGCUCUGGCUCUUCUCAUAAGUCUCAUUGUCGUGGCCGCCCUUCCCAUCCCAAUCAUGUUUGUCCAGCAGUUGUUGCUAGAGUGGAUGGCUCCAACAGUACAACCUGUGCCCACUAAGGAAGAAGACAACAAGGAGGAGGAAAAAGAGAGUCCAGCUGAUCCUGAUUACCAAAUUAAUGGGUAUCUGCCUGUUCGGACAGAAGACAAACAGGACUUCUAGCUGGAAUGUACCCUGGUCAGAACGUGACCCAACAGGUCUCCUAAAUCAUUCUCAUCUUUGAUAAAUCCAUCAUAGUAUUUUUCCCUUCCAGCCUCAGCCUCAGUGAUAUCAGGGCUGGUAUUUGUUUAGACCCUUCUGGCGUUAUUUGUCCAGUGGAUGGAUGCCAAAGAUGGGACAAACCAAUGAAACAGGAAACCAAAAUGGUUUCCACAGCUGAUCUCUCUAAACCUACUGAAGGCCAACUGUGGCUUAAGACAUGAAGACUCUGAAGACAAGGAAAGAGGACUCAAGGGACCUCGGAAAGAUUAAAAGUGAUGUACAGGUGACCCAAGGUGAACCGAAAUUUGAAAACCUCAAAGAGUCAGCUUGCAGCUCAUGCUACAGCCACAGAAGUCUGUGUUGGUUUUCCAGAAGAUGCUUCUGCAGUGUUCUAAUACCUCCAUGUUUAUUGAGAUGCAAGACUUACAAAGUUUUGUGACUAACCCUGGGAGGCUAAAGGGCUGUGCUUAGAGCAUAGUGAGAAUCAUCGGGAUCCAAGAAGGGAAAUGACGGUCCAAAACCUGAUGGGGGUUUGUCUCUUUUUGUUCAAGUACCUGUUACAAUUGCUGCCCACAUUCACUCCUCUCUACCUCCCACUGUUUCCUCUGUUCCCCCUUCCCAGGUCUGGAUUAAAGGGUAAACAUCUUA